AUGGUGAUCCACAAAGCUCAUUAUGGGGAUUUCAAUAAAAGCAGGACAUUUGAUGUGAAUGCAGCCAUUGAUGCGCAGUGUAGUAGACUAACAAAUUGUCAGGUGAAACCUCUUUGUAGUGGAAAAAGUUCCUGUGAACUGACCGUCAACAAUAAUUUACUGCCAUCAAAAUAUUGCCCUGAUAUUGCAAAAGAACUUUAUGUUGAAUACACUUGUGUGGAUAAUUACGUAGAACCCAUAACAACAGUUACCAACAUAAGAUUAUCAAAGUCACCUAACAAAGGUUUCCUUGAAAUAAAGAACGGUUCCACUUGGAGAAAAGUUAAUGAAGAAAUUCCGUUUAAGAACCGGGAAAACAUCCUGUGUGAGCGUUUAGGAUUCAUUGGGACAAGUUGGAACAAUGUCAGUACAAAGGAAAUUGGAAACAGACAAGUUAUUGCAACCGGUGAUCUCUGUUAUAACAACACAAAAUCAAGCAAUACCCCCUGUUGUACCCAUCUUCUACUUGCUACGGUCGCUCCUGACAUCAAGUUGCCAUAUUUCACAUGCAGUGAGAUAUGCGAGAACGCAUUGUUACAGAACGAAACUAAGUUUCCAGACACAGUAUUUUCUGGAAAUGGUUCUACUGAAAAUACCAAGUACAAAGAAGCGAGAUUUUCUAGCGAUGGUUGGUGUCCAACCGAGUCUGGAGACAAAUAUCUUAAGAUUGACCUUCAAAACGACUAUCGCAUAACACAAGUUAUGAUUAUGGGUGAUAAAGAUCAGACAAAGUGGAGUGGAUCAUAUUCAUUGAAAUACAGUCAUGAUGAAAGUUUGGUGGAUGGCGGUGAUGAAGUGCAGAUAAAUGGAAAUCAAAACGCUUAUCAAGUAUCAGCCACAGACGUGGAUAUUUAUAAUGUCCGAUACAUGAAGUUGAAGUCAAACGGAGGAACAAACUUUUGCCUUAGAAUAGAAGUGUGUGGUGAAGUCCAAACGCCAGCUCCCGUACAAAGGAUUCUCGCCGAACCAUCGUUCUAUUCUGUCAAUCUAACGUGGACAAUACCAGCGGCUGAAACGUCUUCUUAUAUAACUCAUUUCAUCAUUUAUUUGAAUAACGGCACAGAGAGAGAAAGAAUAUCCCGUGCUCAAUAUGGAAAUCAUUUCAUUCUUCGAAGUCUCAACCCGAACACUUAUUAUAAAGUUGGCAUAAAGACACAGGAUGGAAUUUCCAUGACGUCCACAAUAGUUUAUAAAAGCUUUAAAACUAAAAGAGCUGGUAAGGUAUACUAG